AUGAAGGUGUACAAUCCACGUACGGGUAUGGAUGCUCUGCAAGUGUUGCCCAUUAGUCUAGCUUCCGCUGACCAACGUGCUAGUCUAGCUGGUAGAACUGGCCCAGGGACUUGUUACAGACUUUAUACAGAGAAUGCUUAUAAGAAUGAAAUGCUGCAAAGCACUGUGCCAGAGAUUCAACAGACAAAUCUUGAGUAUUUGUGGGUUCUAGGUGCACUUAACAAUGUUGGGGACUUGACGGAACUUGGAUGGCAAAUGGUGGAGUUUCCAUUGGACCCUCCCCUUGCUAAAUUGCUCUUGAUGGGGGAACAAUUCGAAUGCUUAAAUGACGUUCUGACAAUUGUUUCUAUGCUUUCAGUGCCUUCGGUAUUCUUUAGACCUAAGGAUAGGGAAGAGGAAAGUGAUGCUGCUAGGGAAAUGUUUGUUGUGCCAGAAUCUGAUCACCUUACUUUAGUUAAUGUUUACGAGCAAUGGAAAGUGAAUGAAUACAUGGGAGACUUUUUACAGGUCAAAGGUUUGCGCAGGGCUAGAGAUAUAAGAUCCCAAUUGCUGGAUAUCCUCAAGAAACUCGAAUUUCACUAUCUUACAAUUUAUGCUAUAAACUUUUUCUCUUCUCAUGCCUUGAAUCUAUGGUUGUUUAAGUUUGUUUGA